GUAAUUAUUUACUUUGCAGCGUUAUUCUUCACCUAACGUUAUACUUCAUCUAAACACAACGUUAUAUUUAAUAAAAAUCAACAAAUAAAAACUAUUAAAAGACACGAGAUUUAUGGAAGAAGAUUAGAUCCAGUGAGCAAUAGCAAGUGGGUAAGAACGAGAGAACAGCUGUUCUUCUCCUUCAUUCUCACCUCAAAGUCAGCUGACAGUUAGUUACUUCUAAUCCUAUAAAUUUCAACCCUUCUUCUCCAUUUUCAUAAUCAUAUCGUUUCUUGUCUCUUCUUUGACUUUUCUUCUCCAAAUCCUUUUCGGACAAGAUCUACACACAGAAAAGUCAACACUGAGUUUCCACGACGUCGUUUUAGCAAAUCGGAGAAAUGGCCGGAGGGUUCGUCAGUCAAACGCCGGGAGUUCGGAACUUCAACUACAAACUGACACCGAAAGUGUUCGUAACAUGUUUCAUCGGUGCUUUUGGUGGUCUCAUCUUCGGAUACGAUCUCGGAAUCUCAGGAGGGGUAACCCAAAUGGAGCCAUUCUUGGAAGAGUUUUUCCCGUACGUGUAUAAGAAGAUGAAGAACGCACACGAGAACGAGUACUGUCGUUUUGAUAGUCAGCUUCUCACUCUCUUCACUUCGUCUCUGUACCUAGCGGCUUUGGUCUCUUCCUUGUUCGCCUCCACGAUAACCCGAGUCUUCGGAAGGAAAUGGUCCAUGUUCCUCGGUGGUUUCACCUUCUUCAUCGGCUCUGCUUUCAAUGGCUUUGCUCAAAACAUCGCCAUGCUUCUCAUCGGUCGUAUCUUGCUCGGUUUCGGAGUCGGAUUCGCCAAUCAAUCUGUUCCGGUUUAUCUAUCCGAGAUGGCUCCUCCGAACCUAAGAGGAGCGUUCAACAACGGGUUUCAAGUAGCGAUUAUAUUCGGUAUCGUUGUCGCAACGAUCAUCAACUACUUCACCGCACAGUUGAAAGGUAACAUCGGAUGGAGAAUCUCACUAGGGUUAGCUUGUGUCCCUGCGAUGAUGAUCAUGAUCGGAGCUCUCAUCCUUCCCGACACUCCAAACUCGCUCAUCGAACGUGGCUUCACCGAAGAUGCCAAGAAAAUGCUUCAAUCUAUCCGAGGAACCAGUGAAGUCGAUGAAGAGUUUCAAGAUCUCAUUGAUGCGAGCGAGGAGUCUAAGCAAGUGAAACACCCAUGGAAGAACAUCAUGCUUCCUCGUUACAGACCGCAGUUGAUCAUGACUUGCUUCAUUCCUUUCUUCCAACAGCUUACCGGAAUCAACGUCAUUACCUUUUACGCUCCCGUUCUGUUCCAAACCUUAGGGUUCGGUAGCAAAGCCUCGCUCUUGUCGGCUAUGGUAACGGGAAUCAUCGAGCUAUUGUGCACGUUCGUCUCUGUUUUCACGGUUGAUAGGUUCGGAAGAAGAGUCUUGUUCCUCCAGGGAGGUAUCCAGAUGCUUAUCUCUCAGAUUGCUAUUGGAGUCAUGAUCGGAGUCAAGUUUGGAACGGUUGGAACAGGGAACAUAGGGAAAACAGAUGCUAAUCUGAUCGUGGCGCUGAUCUGCAUCUAUGUAGCGGGUUUCGCCUGGUCAUGGGGACCGUUGGGAUGGUUGGUCCCUAGUGAGAUAUCUCCACUAGAGAUCCGAUCAGCAGCUCAAGCCAUAAACGUUGCGGUGAACAUGUUCUUCACGUUCCUUGUAGCUCAGCUCUUCCUCACAAUGCUCUGUCACAUGAAGUUUGGACUAUUCUUCUUCUUUGCGGUGUUUGUCUUCAUAAUGACGAUAUUUAUCUACUUGAUGUUGCCUGAGACGAAGAAUGUGCCCAUUGAAGAGAUGAAUAGAGUAUGGAAGGCACACUGGUUCUGGGGAAGGUUUAUUCCUGAUGAAGCUGUUGGUGUUAGUGCUGCUGAGAUGCAGCAAAAGUCUGUAUGAUGAUGAAAAUGUUAUCUUUGGGCAAAAAGACUUGUGAGAAAAUUUGAAAAGAAAUGUCAAAAUAUGUUUAUUCGUGA